AGCUGGAUCUCGAAAUGGCUUUUGCGACUGGAGAAGACGUCAUCAGAACAGUGGAAAACAUCGUAUGGUCAAUCUUUACGCACUUACGCGACACUAAGGUUGCUCGGGAGGUCGAGGGGAUGUUAUACGUCGAUCCUGCCCAGAUCAUCGAGGAUUACGGCCCUUCGGCGUCGCCGGAGAUUGAGGGUGUCCGAUCUCUUUGGCCUCUCAAGGAUCCCCGUACCCAAGGCUUCGUCAGGGUAAAGUAUGAUGACGCCAUGGCUAGGUAUGGCAGCGACAAACCAGAUCUCCGUAUCUCUUCAGAGGUAUGCUAUGUUAGUCAUCUAUCUGGCCAUUUGCUAACAUACUCAGAUUCAACGGAUCGAAGAUAUUCUUCCAGCUGCCUUCAAGAGCAUGAUUACUAAUCUGGAGGAUCCAAUCGUUGAAGCUGCACAGUUCAAGCUCAACGGAUCCCCAUCCCAAAACCUAAUGUUCAUCCGCAAAUUUAUGGAUAAUCUUAAAAACACAACUCUAAAGUUGGGUUCAGCAUCUACACCUGGUGUCUUUAUCUUCGACGAGACCAAGCCACUCAACGGCCUUGCAGCUUUUGGACACGAAACAGGAGAAUUUAUGACAACAUUACACAACGAAGGUUGGUCACAGCUGCAGCACGGAGACCUUCUCAUAGUACAUGCCCGACAACGGGCGCAUUUCCAAGGCGAAGGCUGGACAGAACUCGGCAGACUCCGCAAGGCUAUAUAUGAUGCCGCGGUUCAAGAAGGCCUUAUAAAGCGUGAUAUCAGCUUCCGGUUCUGCUGGGUUACGGACUUUCCUCUCUUCACUCCUGACAUUGAUCCUGGCGAGGGGCAAGGUGGUACCGCUGGUCUCAAGGCUACACAUCACCCAUUCACUGCGCCUCUAAGGUCCUUCACCACAGAGGACCUCGAUUCGCUUGCUGCCGGCCGGCCAUGGGAGAUCAAGGCGGACCACUACGAUCUAGUACUUAACGGCACGGAGGUUGGUGGUGGUAGUCGUCGUAUCCACCAACGUGCUGUUCAAGAAUUCGUCAUGAGGAAUAUCCUGAAGAUGACACACAGCGGCAUGCAACAGUUUGGGCACCUAUUCAGGGCGCUAGAAGCUGGCUGCCCUCCUCAUGCUGGUUUCGCCUUGGGGUGGGACCGAUUCAUCACCCUGCUUUGCGGCGUUGAUAGUGUGCGCGACGUAAUCGCGUUUCCCAAAAACCAGAAGGGCGAGGAUCUGUUCGCAAAGAGCCCCUCACAGCUGACCGAUGCUCAGCUCCGCACCUACUACUUGGAGGCGAGGGGAUGGCAUGCCCAGGACUACAAGGCUUGGUAAGAUGUUGUCGAGAGAUGUGUAUAUAAACUGUGUCAAAUACCUGUGCAGAACAGUACAGAUUUUGUAAAAAAUAAUAGAUGUGUUCAUUGUGGCAUCGUUGGGUUAGCCGAAUGCCAGUGCUAGUAGACUACUUGUUUCAUGAUAUAUAAUAGCAUUCAUAUCAUGAUAAGAUUAUAUCUAUCGACCAAUGCUCCAGGCAAACGUAUCGACG